GCCCCCGAGCCGCGUCUGGUUUGCAUCGAGCCCGUGCCUCCACGCGAUGCCCUCCUCCCAAAUAGCCCUCACCGUCACCGCUGGGCGUGGCUAGCGAUUGCUCCGACGCCGAGCUGCGCAGCGCCUACCGCAAGCUCGCCAUGGUCCAUGUCGUGCUCAAUUCAAUCCGUUGUGCUGCUUCCUCUGCUCAUCGCCAUGCGUGCUCAGCUUGCUCUGUUUUGCCAGCCGCUCGGCCCGCUGCUUGCUCGCACCCGUGCCGCGGUUCUUGGGCAGAGAUGGCACCCCGACCGCCUGAGCGAUGCCCGCGCGAGGGGCACGCGCGCGGCUCGCUCCCUGCAGCCCAAGCGCCUCGCGCGCGGCAUGCGGCGCCCAGCGGCCGCGCCUACCGCCCAGCGCGCGACUCGCCGUUCGCCCAGCUCCCACGCCCACCGCCCAGCGCGCCGUCGCCCAAUCGCGCCCGACUCCUUCCCCUCCGCCCCACACGCCGCUCGUUCCCCUCCGCGGCAACCGGCGUCGUCGCCCAAUGGCCAGCGGCCAGCAAGAUCCAGAGAAGAGCCACCCCUGGGUCUGACGGAGGAGGCGACGGCAAAAUGAUAGAGGUAACAGAAAUGGUAGAUAGCUAUGACGUUGGUUUUUUUAUGGUAAAUAUCUACAUGUGAAAUUUUUAAUGGUAAAUAUCUAAAUGUUGGUUUUUUAAUACUAUGGAUCUAAUUUUGCCAAAGAAAAAAGAGAAAAACUGAAGAAAAAUGAAGAGGACUAGCCAAACUAAAAGAAUUUACAUACCCCGUAUUAAAUUCUGAAAGGCUCGGGAAUUGGAUACCAAUACCGUUUGGUGCGUGAAUUUGGUGUCAAAUCAAAUUGUGAAAUCUCCUAAUAAACCUCGGAGGCUCUUGGGUUCGCAACUCGCAAGAGCCAACGGCCACGCCAUGGCCGCCGUCGCCAUCUCCGCUCCCGGAGGCAACCACGCGCGCCGGCGGCAGUGGCGGUACACGUGGGAGGCGCUGGCCCACCUCCCGCUCCUCCGCCUCUACGUCUUCCCCCGCCGCCCCGCGCUCCCGGCCGCCAUCCCCUCCGGCAGCCUCCGAGCCGACCUCCGCCUCGAGGACUCCCUCCUCUUCCUCUCCUUCUCGCUCGCCGGGGAGGAGCACCCCGUCGCCCUCAGGGUCCCCGUCCCCAGGGUGCUCGUCGACCCGGCCGCUCCCGUCGAGUGCCGCACCGCGGGGGACCACGUCGAGGUCCGCCUCGCGCUCGUCCUCCCUGUUGACCACCCCGUCGUCGCCGCCGCGUUCCCGCCGCCGCACGGCGCGGAGCCGCCCGCGCCGCUCGCGGUGCGCGAUGAUGUGAAGAGUCUUUCUACUGGAGACGUUCACUUGUACUGCAAGAAUUGCUCAGCAAGGUUGACAAAACAGCCACUGAGGAAAAUCAUGGAAAUGCCAUCUGUAAACUGGGAAGAGGUGGCUGACAAUUGGUUCGGUGGAUGUUGCACCUCGUUUGGUGGUGCAGGCGAGAAGCUUGUAGCUCAGUUUAUUAAUGCAUAUGGUCGUUUAGAGGGAACAAGUCUACUGGAUACAACUGCCAUUACUAUAGAAACAGACUAUCUGGAGGCAGAUAUAGUGGCUCAGGUAGCUUGUUUGGAGCUUAGUAGUGAUUUUGUUGAUGUAAAAGAAGCUACAUCUGAUGUUAGUGCAGGAAAAGAUCAUACCACUGGGAAGAUAAAAUUGAAGAAUUCAGAAGAGCAAGCAAAUAUCACCGCUGCCCAUGCACAACCUCCAUUAAUUUUCGACGAGGGACCUAGUGUUAGUAGUAGUGAAACAAAUGGAGACACUCUUCAGACUGAUCAAUCUGGCACUUGUCAGAUGGAAAUUGAUAUUGAACUGAACUUUGAGAAGUCUAAAAAUGACUGUUGCGUUGAGAACAUGGAUGAAUCUAACAAAGAGGUCGAUUUGUCGCUGGUAGAUCCAUGCCAUUGCUGUUAUGCCAAUGAAUACAGUGGGAAAGCUGAAGGUAACCCUUCACAAAUAUCUUCAGUGAACCAGAAAAAGCAGACUGUGUUGGAGACUAAAAGGGAUUACAAAUUAACAAAAACUAUUUCUCUGGGUAGUAGCUUCAUCGUUAAAGCAUCUAACCUUAUGAAUGAUUUCGAGUGGGUUGAACUUCUCUGUGGUCAGUGCUCAUCACCCCUUGGGUCAUACCCUUCCCAGUUUACGCUUUUUCCGGCUGAUGGCCGUGUACGACUCUUCAAGUGCUACACAUCUACAGAACUUCCUGUUACGGGGCCUCAUGAUGUGUUCAGGGGACAUACAUUGGAAAGAGUUUUUGUCAAUCUGUUGCUUGAAGUUGCAGAAGAUGAAAUAUCUUUUCGCACAUUAGUCAGAGAUUUGAAAACCAAAAGACCAAUCCUGCAACUAGUUCUUCUUAGUUCAAAAGCAUGGUUAGCUUCUGGUUGCUGCUACGAAAAUGAUAUCGAUGGUUCACAUGGAACAGCAUAUCUGCAGCCUAGUGUUAAACUCUUGUAUUCGGAUUAUAGCAAUGCUUCAGAAGCAGACAUAAGGAUAGUAGAAGAGUGGUCAUCCAAGUAUCGAGCUGAAGAGUUGUACAUGAUGAAGCGUCAAAUAGAUGGACUUACUGAAUGCCUAAGCUCAGCAAUGGACAACUUUCCAGUUUCUUGUUCUUCCCUUGAAGGGAUGUGCCUUUCAUCUCUGAGGCGCUGAUUUGAGUAUGUGAUAGAGAAAUUUUAUCUAGGCUGAUCACCUUUUUGUAUCAAGAGGGAUCUACAGCAUAGAAUCCUGAUAGGCAUACGACUAUAUGAGAUCAUCCUCUGUUUCUUUUGACCUUUCAGCAAGCCCCCUGAUCAUCUCUUAUUUGGACUGCAAAAUGCUGUGGCUUGUCCUCUGCUCUCAAAAAACAUGGUGACUCUGAAAUGGAGUAAUGGCUAAUCCAGCUAUGCAUGAUAUUUUUUUUCUUUUGUCCAGCUAGCCUCUGGUGAUGGGGCACUGAGCCUUUCUGACAAUCUACUUACAGUAUUUGUCGUCAUGUUGUAGCUAUGAAUAUUUAAAUGAUCUACAUACUAACCAACUCUUAUUCCCCUAUAA